AUGCGAGAGGAGAUAGGGGGUGAUCUAUGGAGGAGAGAGAUGGAGAUGCAAGGAGGAGGUGAGGAUGGAGGCGUACAGAAACUCCGUGAGGGAUAUUUUCUUUUAGGCGCUUUUUUUAUUUGUUUCUUUAAGGUCUUGUUAUUGAAGUUCUUGAUUCAAAUCCCAUUAGCAAUCGGUUAUUUUUCAAGUUUCUUCUCUCAUUUGUUUAGUUGUUAUUUGGUCUGUUCAAGGAUUCACAAGUUUGGCCACCAACUUUCUCGCCAAUUACAGGUGUUUGGUGUUGUUUUCAGCUGCACAGGUGCUGCUUCUUGCUGUUGCAGGGUGUGGGUUGUGCUCCUGAUGUGUGCAGGCUAUUCUGCAGGUAGUCCAGGUGUUGCAGUCAGGUCUACAGGGAGUGUGGUGUUCGAUUGCUGCUGUGUGCAAUCUUAUGUUGCGUACCCUUUUAUUGUGUUUGUUGUGUUUGGUUGUUAGGGAGUGGUCUGUACUCCUCUAACUUUUUCUGCUGUUUCGUUGUUUAGAUACUUUUGUUCAUACCUUUUGGUAUUAAAUUUGUGUUUUGGAGAUAUAUAGCUAGCUAAUUUAAUAGUUUGGACAUGUGUAAACUUAAUUUGAUGAUAUGAUAUGAGGAUUUGGA